UCGGGCUAGUGCACAGUAGGAAACACAGUCAAUCAUUUCUAGGCUUGUGUAGGAAUAUAAAGUUAGUUAUUUGAUGUUAUGGUGAGAUGACGUCAGCUAUCCUCUCUGCUUUGAAUAUCCUAACGAAACCUCUUGGUGAGGUGCAUGAUGCUCAGUCCUCCCAGCAGGAGGCUCUCCUGGCAGCUCUGCGGGCCAACAGAGCUCUUCUCCUGGAGCAGCUUAAGACUGAGGGGGGCUUUAAUGAGGUGAGGAGGCUGAGGGAGGAGGUGAUGGCCGGGGCACACUGGUUCUCCAGUGACACAGACGACACUACAUGGGGCUUCGUCCAGGAGUGUCUCCUUCUGCUGCUCACCUUAGCACGACACCUUUCUGCUGAACUGGAGCUUUUCAAUCAGACCCCUGCUCCCUCUGCUGCUAAACUACGCACCCCUGAGAUGGCUCCACCUUUGCCCCCUGACGUCCUCAGCUUCACCCAGCAGAAGACCCUGGGAGCAGCUCUUCAGUUUGUGGUCUCUCUGGGGCUCAGCCCAUACCUGGCACCUGGAGUGGGUGUGCCACUGGGUCGCAGGUCAGCUUUUGGUGCCAUGGUGGAACAGCUGGUCCGUGGAAGGGCGGUGUUGGCAGUGGGACGGCGCCUUCUGACUACCACAAAUGUCUUGUUGCAGUUGGCAGAACUGACGUCUCUCGCCACUCUAGUGUUCACACGGCACCUGGGGGAUGUAAUGGCAGCAUUGUGCCAGCUUGGCUACCAGCCACACCGUGCAGAAGGGUGCAGCACAGAGGAGGAGAAGAUGCAGGAGGUCAGUGCUGAAGAACGUAGAGGUUGCAGAGAGGCUCUCAAAACCCUUCUGGGAAAAGUUUACCAGCCAAUUGUUAUCAAGGAGCUGCUCAUCCUACAAGGUGGACCCAAACAGUCCAGACCAGUUGGAAGCUCCAGUGGCUCCAGCAGCAGGGCAGCCCUUGGAUCAGCUCCAGCCUGGCUGAGGCGUCUGUGUGGUCAGCUGCUGUCUGAGCGUCUGAUACAGCCCAGUGGAGUCCAGGCUGUAGUCAGAGCCAUCCUGGAGGGAGGAACAGGGGGCGAGUCAGACUGGAGGAAAUGUGAUGGUGUGGCCAGGAUCCUGGUGGCCUGCCCACAACAGUCUGCCUCAGCAGACAGCUACUACAGACAAGUCUGUCCCCAGAUCCUCGACCUCCUGCACUUCAAAGACAAGCUGACAGCCCAGCAGUUCCAGCGUGUGGCCACCAGGGCGGCGCUCUCCGUGUUGGAGGAAAAGCCCAGCUUUGCCCAGCAGUACCUGCUCCCUCCUUUGCUUGCACCUCUCCACCGCUGCACCACUGCUUCCAAUGACGGUCCUUGCCUGGUUGCAGUGGAGGAGUGGGAGCUGACGCGCUGUGUGGAGGAUGUGUACAAGAUCUGGGUGGUGGGGAACAGUCCGUCAGCACCUCUCCUUAAAUCUCUGGAAGAAGUUCUUCCUGUGAUCUUCACACUCUUCUGUUUCACCAAGCAGAAUGUCUCCCACCUACGCGCCCCCUGUCAGGAGAUCUUGCAGUGGUAUCUGCGCCACGCUGAGAUAUCUGCAGCCCUGCCGGCACUGAGGCAGCUCUCAGGCCUGCAGGAGCCGAAGAACAAGGUAGCAUCGGACUUCCACUUCACCCCGGGCAGCGAUGGAGGAGCAAGGCUCAGCUGCAGAGAUGGCUGCAGUGAUGAGGACGACGCUCUGUAUGAGAAGCUGUCAGGGGAGCAGUGGAGGCUGGAGUGUCUGAUGCAGCUGCUGGCUGAACUCAAAGACAGCGACCUACCUGGAGAUUUCUUCCUGGAGCUGCUGCAGGAGCUGACCAGCUGGGCGGCAGCAGAGGAAGACGAGGAGGAGGAGGAAGAGAAACAGGAGUUAGAUGUGUCGGCCAUGACGCUCCUGGAGGUGGAGCAGCAGCUGCUGGGUCGGGCGGCGAGGCAGGGUCAGAGGCUGGCUUUGCUUCAGGUGCUGGCUGUGAUGGUGGAGUGUGUGGAGCAUACUGUGCUGCUGAGGAAAAACACACAGGUGGUGGACUUCAUGGUGUCCCUGCUUCAGAGGGCCUGUGUGGGUCUGGGUCAGGCCUCCAGUCCCAGUCUUGGAAAUCCAGUAGAGAGCCAGACGCUGAGUAUGGGGAUGGGCCUGGUGGCUACUCUGCUGUCUGCACCUCAGCUCACUGCUGAGGAUUACUCUUCUAUGUCAAGGCUGCUUUCACCACUGGAGACACUAUCUCAGAAGCACCCUGAGGUGGUCGUCCAGGAACUGGCCUCAAACCUCAGAGCUGUCAUUGCCACCCAUGGUGCUUACCAGCCUGAAAACCUCACCGCCGCCACUACUGCUCACAGCUCAAAAGACUGUGAGACAAAACCAAAGAAGAACAACAGUGUGCCUUUAAAGAAAAAGAAAAAGAUACAUACUGAAGCAAACAACUCACAGACUAGUCCUCUCUCUCCUCCUCUGGACACUAACACACCCAGCAGCACCCACACAGGACACCCUGUGUCCUCUGGAGGGUCUGCAGCAGGAACAAGUCCUAAAAGUGGAGGAAAGAGCUCUGGCAGCAGUGACCCUUCCCCUCCUACCAAAACCUUUUCUGAUUGGCUGCUAGAGGCAUGUGACCCGGAUGUACCAACCAGAGCGUUUGCCCUGAGAGCCCUGACCCGGAUGGUGCAAAACAGUGACCCAGAGGCUGUCCUGGCCCAGGAGAAGGUCCUCACUCUCUUCUUAGAAAACCUGGAGCAUGAAGACUCAUUCAUCUACCUGUCAGCCAUUCAAGGACUGGCUACACUGGCUGAUUCCUACCCUGAAAGGAUCUUGGAGAAGCUCCUAAAAGACUUCCAACAUGGCCCCUCACUGCCUACAUCUGACAAGGACCACUCCCUGGAGACCCGCCUUAAAAUGGGAGAAGUCCUGAUGAGGGCGAGUAGGGCUAUGGGGGAGCUUGCGCCCCACCUCGGUCGUCCCCUGCUGGCCGUCUUCCUGCAAGGAACCAGAGAUGUGGACCAAAGCGUACGAGCCAGCAGUCUAUCCAACCUGGGGGAGCUCUGUCAGAGACUGGACUACGCAUUGGGGCCACUGGCACAAGAGCUGAGCUCCUGUCUGACUGCUCUGAUAAAGACAGAGAAGGAAGUAGAGGUGAGGAGAGCUGCCGUCCACGUUAUCGCCCUGCUGCUACGAGGCCUCAGUGACAAAACCACCCAGGUUCUCAGUGAUGUUUUGUUGGAUCUGUACCGAGCUCUAAAGUGGGUGGUCCGCUCGGAUCCAGAUGAGGUUGCAGUGCUCCACGCUCAGCUGGCUCUGGAGGAGCUUGAUGACAUCAUGAGGAGGUUCAUCUUUCCCCAGCAAAAACUGGAAAAGAAGAUUGUUGUCCUACCGUAGAACUCAAAUUCUAUUUCUGUGGGGUCUUCAUAACCCCUUUCAUGGUUUGGACUUCAUUUUUAUAUACUAAUAGGUAGUACUGAUU